CCAACAAGAAGCUAGAACAGAGCUUUAUCCCCUUUAGCUAAAGCUUAACGGUUGACAACUAACGGCGAGCUCUGAAACGUUACUGCGGUCAGCUUUAGCUGCUAAUGCUGCACCGAUCGUAACUGAUCGUAAUUCGCUUCACUUCUAAUCGUAUUCCACCAGACCUCGAGAGUGGUGUUACGGUUUAACAGGCGACCCUGUUAACUGACGACUUUUCACGUAUAGCUGUUUUCGCUAAUGCCGCUUGGUUUCAUUUAGUAGCCUAAAUGAAGUGUCAACCGCUCCCAUAUACCUAAUAGAAUCUACGAUACAAAUCAAACAAUGUGAUGUUCACGAGGGCAGCUAGCGGUACGUGUUAUGUUCCUAUAUUCAACUGCUGUCUGUAACUACGGCCACAGCGGUUGGUUCAACGUCGCCAGUUAACACGGUCGCCUCUUAAACCGUAACACCAGCAACACCAGAUCCAUUCCUGUGACUUCAACAGGCUGUGCUGCUAAGAGAAGGUAGCGCGACAUGUAUCACAAGGAGAAAAGCAUCCAGAUCAAGAACAGCGCCUCGGCGCUGUACAACAACCUGGGCGCGCUGCGCAUCGCCCCGCGGCGCCUCACCUACUUUACGGUGGUCCACGCUAACGUGGUCAACAUGGUGAGCGCCUCCUGGGACGGACUCAACUACUCCCACCGCCAGCUGCAGUCCAAGGAGCCCAAUGUCGCCACGAGCACGUCUCUCAUCAUGCAGGCAGCUUUUUGCUCUCUGCCCUCUCGUGAUCUGCUGGUUGUGACCUCUCAGAAAGGCAUCCAGAUGUAUGAGUCUGAUGGCUCCAUCAUGGUGUACUGGCAUGCCCUCGACAUUCCAGAAACAACAACAGCUCAAGCCGUGUUUGCUCGAGGAAUAGCAGCAGUGUGCGAGAGUUUUAUAUGUGUGGGCAUUUCAACUGGUGCAAUUCUAGUAUUUGAUGUUCCCAGUAAAGGCAGUAAUAUUACCUUGUCGGAUGUCCUGGAGGGGCACAAGGAGUCCAUCACUGACAUGGCCUCAGAAUGCUGUGGCGGCGAGGUGUGCAUAGCUGAUCUGGUCAGUGCAGAUGAUGGGGGCAACCUUUGUGUGUGGAAGUCUGGGGAGGAAUUUAAGUUACUCAACCAUAUCCCUGGCUUUGAUAUUAGCUGCUCAUCGGUGAAGUUGUGGAAAGGUACAGUGGUGGCCGGUUACGGCACAGGCCAGAUCCGUCUCUAUGAGGCGGUGACGGGAAUCCUGCAUGCUGAGGUCAACGCCCAUGCUCGCUGGAUAUACUCGCUGGACAUUGCUCCCUCUUCUGGGCUGCUGCUGUCUGCUGCUGAGGACUCCCUGGUCAGGGUGUGGCAACUGAUAAUGACCCCAGAGAGCCAAAGCGUGGAGAUUGCCCAUUUGCUCAAUGAGUGUGUGACGGACACGCAAAUCUGUGGCGCCAAGUUCUGUGACGCCAAUGGUUAUGCCUUUGCAGUGACAGGAUAUGACCUUUGUGAGAUUAUUCGUUACGCACAGUCAUAACACCACGUAUGUGAAUGUGCAUUUAAUGUAUUGGAGUGUUUCUGAAAAGACAGCAUGAUGCAGGGAGGAGAGUCAAAAGGGCCGUGAAAGGCCCAUGUUGAGAUUCUGCAAGGAAAGGGGUCUUUUUUAGAGAGAAGCAUUGUUUACGUAUCAACAAGGCUGGAAGGAGAUGGCAUAUAACAACAUUAUUAAAAAGUUUUUAAAAAUACAUAUACAUGUUUAUGUGUCUAUAAAAGUAGCUUUAACAAGUUAUAGAUUAUUCUAUUAUUCCUUCUGACAUAAUUAUUGUUACAAGCAGCUGUAUCAGUAAAGUUUGUCAACAAAGCAGCUACGUCUUGGUCGUAAAUUUGCACUUCACAAAUGCACCAACAGAUGGGGUUAUGGGUCAACUAUUUUGAGCAGGGCAAUGAGAGUAUAGUAUACUAUACUAUAACAGAUUUCACUAAAUGACAGAGAGGGGUUGCCUCAAAGGUUCAAGGCUGGAGGCUGAUUAUUCGAGAAACUCCACAUCGCGGUUGGCUACUGUGUGCCGAACACAAGACACAGACCAGGGAGUUCAUAAACAUUAUGUGUUCAUUGUGUUGGCUAAUUACUCAGAUAAGAUAAGUAAAAUCAAUAUAUGAUGUAGAUAAGAGGUAUAUCAUUAAUACAACUGAAAUGAUAGAAUAGAUAAAUGAAAAAAGAGCAAUAUAUGUAGAAGAGCAUAUAGGGACAAAGAGGGCAAGGUAAAGUGACAUGGUGUUAUGUAAUCGCAGCAGUCAGCAGGAUGGCCUCAUAUGCAUCGUCUCUUGUUCAGUCAUGUCUGCGAUCUAUAGCAUGUGACAGACUUCAAUGGAUAAUUAUAUUUGUACUUUUAUGUAUUUGUUGUUUUAUUAUUAUUUUCUUUACAGUCCAAGACAUCUAUAUCUGAAGCAAGAGUGUUUUUUUCCAACUGUGUCUGUGAUGCAUUCGUCACCCUUGCUUUCUGGUUACGCCUUAGGAAAGAGGUUUUAAACAAAAUUAAAAUAACUUGAAGAACUAGAAAGGCCUUCAUUGAAAACAAGUACAACCUACUCACCACCAUUAUCCUUGUUCUUCGUUUUUGUGCAAGAGCAACAUACAAUAGAGACAUUUUAUUUCCGGGUCUGUUGAGACGGGCUGCAUACAGUAUGCCUUCACUGGAAAUCAAAUCUUGCCAACUCAGUUGUAAAAACUGGUCUUGUUUAUCACAGGUCAUGUGAGUGUUUCUCGUUUUAAGGCAACCAGGUAUUGGAAUCCAACCCAUCUUAUGAUGACAGGAGAAUCAGGUCAGCAAGGAAUUGUGUGCUAUUUGUCAGUUUAGGGCUAAGCGUGUAUUAAAUCCCUGAGUUCUAAUCUUUUCUGGUUUGCAGGUAACACUGGUCACAUAACAUCAACUGACAAGACUGUUUUGAACCCACACACAAGGCAGGUUAUGUAACUCAAAUUUGGUAGGUACCAGAUGAUAGCCAUGUCAAUGCCGCUGGUCUCGUCAAUUGUCCAUCAUAAACAUGCACGGACAUAGUCUUCAUGAAAUCAAUAAUUUUCAGUAUGUCUUAUUGUGUCAUGUCUCCCAGCUGCCUAGGGUUGGGGGGGGGGGAUAUAGCUAACUAUCCCGGCUGGAGAGGGUCAGUGGAGGUCUAGACUAUCAAUAUGAGGUCCCAAAUGACAGGGACACUGAGAUUACAUAACUAACUGGAACAGUAAUGAAGGAGGAAAAGGUUGGUCAAAAGUGAUACAUGAAAUAAGUAAAGGAUUGGAAGAGCAGAGGAAUUACAGAGCAGAGUACAAGAGGCUGUUAAAGCAAGGGCCGAGAGUAGAGAAAGGGAAUAAAACAUCGCUUUACACAGAAAGACAUGGAGACAAACAACAGCAGUAAUUUAGACCUUGUUACUACCUAAGUCAAUAGUUCUGUGCGACGCUCUGGUCCCGCACACAGCCGCGGGGCCGCUCAUGCUGUGGACUGCUCCAAUAGUCGGCUCUUAGGUGUUACACACAGCUGAGCACAUAAAGUUGGGGAGUACAGACCUUAAAUAAACUGUUCAGACAUGAAUCUAUUUUGGCUGUGUAAGUGUGCAAGUGUGUACAUGCUUGUGCGUCAAGACAUAAUGGUGGUUGAGCAACAUUCAUUAUCCUAUUCCCCACAAUGGAAAUAUUUUAUUAAUGAGAGUGACGUGAGACCUUCAAUGAAAAGCCCCGAGUCAUGUCACGUUUCACUUUAAUAUCUCAGAUAAACACACGCUCGCUGAGAAGUCAUAAUGGCUUGAUUAAGGCACUGGCCUUUUGUCAAAGUCUUACAUUUUUACUAAUUAAAGCAGAUUAGCCAACAAGACACAUUGGUUCAGAGGAAAGCUGUACGUGGGUACCGACGAAGCCCAGAUCGUCAAACACCCUUCCACAAGACAGGUUCAUCCAUCAGGACCAGUUUUGACCAUAUGUGUUGGUGGGUGUGGCAGGUUUCUGUAGGUGUGCUUGUACACCCCAACAUGAACAUAUUUCAGGUUGUUUUUUGAAUGUUUAAUCAUUAUUCUGGUGGAGGAAGAGCAAUUCAUCCAAUGCCCAUCCAGCCUUGUGGCAGCUGCCUGGGCCUGUGUUGCUAAACCUACUGGGAUGGAGCCUCACCACGGGGGAUGAAGAGCCUAAAGCCCCUCCAGCCUGCUGCCACAGACAGACUAUAGCUCUCUGACGAGGCAACCAGGAAACCAGCUCCUGGAGACAUGCUGUAUAAAUAGAUCUUCCUUUUAAAACACAUUGAAAUGAGAAGGACCCCUUCCUUCCCAUGUCAGUAACAUACACUGACAGACCUAAAAAAACUGUCGCUGCUGACUGACAGAUGUACAGACACACAGGUGCUAUCCAGAACUAGGUCAAAUAUCAUUUGCAAUGAUCAGACAUUUCCAAGUCCACUUAUCAUUCUAUUUCAGCAACUGUAUGUUGUUGGUAUCUACCAACUCCUGAGGGAAAUCUCUGUCCCUUUAGCUGCCACAUUCUCCACUCUGUUUUAUGAACAGGAAGCAUUGGGGGAAUUUUUCGAGUUUUUUGCUGAAAACAGCUGCUGCAGCAAAGAAAAUACCAAGAACAGUGAGGCUAGUGAAUCAAAUCAGGAAAACCAAAGAAACUAGAUGAAACUGAAGCCAAGCGGAGCCACAGAUUUAAGCCCCCCUUUUCACAUGUUGUUUUCAUGCUGUCAUUUGAUUGAGUUAUCUUAAAAAAUGUGUUGAAUUGGGGCCGUCUUGUCAUAUUUGCAUUAGUUAAGGAUGGUGACAAUCAAUUAUUGUUUUCAUAUUCAAUUCAAUUCAGUUUAUUUGUAUAGCCCAUUUUCACAAAUAAAAAAUGUGUCUCAGA